UACACGCCAUCAACCUGACAAGAAAUCCUUCUAUUGAGAAAUUAAAAAAGAAAACGGAGCCAAUUUCUUCAUCCUUGAGUUUUCCCUUUUUUCUCUCAAUUUUCCAGCUGUAAAAAGGUAUCCAUUAAUAAUACAAAUUUCUGAUUUUAUCAUUCUCAAUAUCUCAGUUAUUAUCCCCUUCUUGAAUUUGAGGGCAACAUCAAUAAAACUCCCCCCUAAAUAUCCAGAUCUAGGCCUUUAUCUUUACAUCUCAUCAAGUUUUGGUACUCUAUUGCCGAAUCCAGAGUAAAUUUGGAGAUUAGGGUUUUGGAUCUGUUCAUGUGAUGCCAAAUUCAUCUUGAUCCGGUAAAAUUUGGAGGAAUUUGGGAAUUUCAGAUAGAUAUACAUAAGUUUGGUUAAAUUUAGGUUAAAAUGCCUGUUAAAAGUGCGCAGUCGUCAUAUAGGGAUCGGACACAAGAGUUUUUGACAGUAAUAGAGAGAUUAAAGAAGAGUUAUUCGCCAGGAGGACAAAAUAAUGUUCCAAGUAGUAGUAAUUCAAGACCUGAAGGUCCUCGAUCUGGAAUUUCUAUGCAAUCUGAGUUUAAUAAAAGAGCUUCUAAAAUUGGUUAUGGAAUUCAUCAGACUUCACAAAAGCUUGCAAAACUCGCUAAAUUGGCAAAGAGAACAUCAGUUUUUGAUGAUCCAACUGUGGAGAUCCAAGAGUUAACCGCAGUUAUAAAACAGGACAUCACUGCGCUGAACUCAGCAGUGGUAGACCUGCAGCUUGUAUGUAACACCCAGAACGAUAGUGGGAACAUCUCCAAGGAUACCACCAGUCACUCAACCACAGUUGUAGAUAAUCUGAAGAAUCGCUUGAUGAGUGCCACUAAAGAAUUUAAAGAAGUCCUUACUAUGCGGACAGAGAACUUGAAAGUUCAUGAAAGCAGAAGGCAGUUAUUUUCUUCCACUGCUUCAAAGGAAUCUAGCAAUCCUUUCGUACGACAGCGUCCAUUAGCUGGGAGGGGAGCUGCUAGUUCCUCCGCUGCACCUCCUGCUCCAUGGGCCAAUGCACAAACUUCAUCAUCCCAGUUAUUUCCUAGGAAGCAUAAUGAUGGAGAACCGUCGAAAGAAAAUCAGCCAUUGCUGCAGCAGCGUCAACAACAACAGCAACAAAUGGUUCCAUUACAAGACAGCUACAUGAAUAGCAGAGCUGAAGCGCUUCAAAAUGUUGAAUCUACCAUCCACGAGUUGGGUAACAUCUUUCAACAACUGGCGACAAUGGUGUCUCAGCAAGGGGAGUUGGCCAUCAGGAUCGAUGAGAACAUGGAUGACACACUUGCAAAUGUGGAAGGAGCGCAGGGAGCACUACUGAAGUAUCUUAAUGGGAUCUCUUCCAACAGAUGGCUGAUGAUCAAGAUAUUCUUUGUAUUGAUUGUAUUCCUUAUGAUCUUCUUAUUUUUUGUUGCAUAGUAAUGUUAGAAAAUUUACAGGAACUCAAAGUAAACCAAAAUAUGACCGCAAGUAAUGCUUUUUCAAUACAUUUACCUUCCCAUGAGUCUGUUUUGUUUUCUGUCGUUAAUUCUCGGACUUUCUUGUAGGCGUCUCAGUUGAAGUUUAAGCAUCUUCACGAGAAUAUGAAUAUUUUGUAAUAGUAUAUAUGUGUAGUGUGUAAAAUCCUUUACACUUUAUAAACGGGAAGCCUAUUUCACUCAUUUAA